GCCCGGGCAAGUACCCUGAGAUAAAAAUAUAAUCUUUUAAUCUCAUGACGAGAUCGAUUCUGAUAAAAUAUUUAUUUAUGACAUUGCCGCAUUUUUUGUGAUCUUUAUUAUGCAUGAGUCUAUCACUGUAAGAGUCACCGGUCACAAUUAAUAAGGCACAGGCGCUGGUAAACAAUGAAAAUUGAAUAGUGCAUCAAAAUUUUGAACGGUAAUUUUAGGACGUCAGCAACGUUGCUCAGGACGUCCACGAGUUUGUGAAUCCAUAAAGUUAGUCUUAAUGUUUUCAGCCAAACAAAAUGGAUGAAGACCCGAUAGAAACAGCAAUUGGUCGUUUUGGAAAAUACCAAACGUGGAUAUUGUUUUUGAUCUCAGUAGGGUGGUUUCCAUGUGAAUAUCAAUUAAAUAAUGUAGUGUUCCUAAUACCCAGUGUGGAGUACAAGUGCUUGGACAACAAUGUGACUAACUAUUGUCCUUGUAAUAACCCGGAAUAUGACACGAGCACUAUUGUCAGUUCGGUCACAAGUGAAUGGGACCUUAUAUGUAACAGGACACAUCUUGCUAGUUUGGCACAAUCGAUGAUGCAAAUUGGAAUAUUGUUUGGAAGCUUACUGUUCGGUUACUUCUCCGACAGGUCUGGUCGGAAAUCUGUAGUGCUAACGUCACUGUUCCUCGAAGUAAUAUUUAUAAUCAUCUCAGCAGUAGUUCCAUACUUUUGGUUGCUUUUGGUAUGCCAAUUCUUGAUCGGAGUAGCUAUUGGUGGAUCAAUGCUAAGUUGCUACAUACUAGCCGUUGAAUUAUGUGGAAAGUCUUUCAGACCCUACCUAUCUGGACUUAUUGAAGUGUCAUUCUUAAUAAGCUACAUCACGCUACCAAUAAUAGCUUACUUUGUGAGAGAUUGGAGACAGUUACAGUUAGUAACGUCAGUGCCAUGGAUCAUAGUUAUUGUAUAUUAUUGGCUGAUACCCGAAUCUCCUCGAUGGCUGAUAACAGUCGGCAGAAAGAAGGAAGCCAUUGACAUCCUUACACACAUAGCUAAAAAAAACAAUCGACCAACCGAUAAUAUUGAAGCAAUUGUUGAAAAGGUAGAAUUAUUAAACAAGAUUGACAGCAAGAAUCAACAGAAAAUCACUUAUGUAGACUUGUUCAGAACUCCAAAAAUCCGAGUGUACACAAUCAUAACAGCAUUGAUAUGGAUGUUCUGCUCACACACGUUCUUCGGCAUCAACCAGUACAUCGGGCGCCUGCAAGGCAACUUGUACUUGAACGUGCUGCUCUCUGCGGCGUGCCUCACUCCCGGCUUGAUUAUAGUCAUCAUAGCCACACUGCACUUGAGAAGAAAAGUCAGCAUCAUAUCUAGUUUCACGACAGCCGCGGUGUCUUUAUUAGUUUUCAUAUUCAUUCCUAGUGAUAUGAGAGCAGCUACAUUAGCAUUUGCGAUAAUUGGUUUAAUAGGAGCUUACACAUCAUUUGUUCAAGUUUACUUAUACUCGUCAGAAAUAUUCCCGACUGUAAUAAGAAAUACAGCACUCGGGUUUUCUUCCAUGUUCGCGAGAUUCGGAAGUUUCAUUGCUCCGUUUGUGGUAAAUAUCGGUAUAGAGUGGGUGUCUAUUCUCAUAUUCAGUAGUGUAGCAUUUAGCGCAGCGAUUCUUUGUUAUUUCCUCCCUGAAACUAAAGCGACUACUCUACCGAAUACAAUUAAACAAAGAGAGCAAGCUGAGAUGUAACACAACAGUUUACUAAUCCGUUAUAUUAUUUUAGAUACCUAGAUAUACUGUCUCUUACUUCAUAAGUAGGUACUCAUCUUCGUAGAUUAGAUUUAUUUUCUUACUACACAAUUAAUGAUUACACUAGUUUACAAAAAAAUAUUUUUUUUUUGUUCAUGAAAUGAAACCUAUAUUAUUUAAGUAGGCUAUGGAUGGUUACAAAAAAAAUAUUUUUUUAUUUUCCGUAGCACGUCACAAUUCGGAGAUAUCGAUGACUUUUUUUUAUCUACCCGCAAUUGUUUAAAUGCGUUUAUCGUUCUGUUUUGUAAAAAACUGUGUGAAUCAAAAGUCUCAUUUUUAUAUAAAAAUGUCAUCUAGAGUGUGUAAACUACAUCCAGAUAGAUUUUGUUAUGUUUGUGGGAAAAUUGUUCAGUUAAAUCGUGGUUUCCCUUUAACAAAACCAUUGCAAGAAGCCUAUUUACAAUAUUUUGGAUUUCCGGUGUCAAAUCAAGAUAAAAAUUGGGUUCCACUAAUUGCAGAUUGGUCCUCAGCUCCUGGUAUUCAGGUAAAAAUAGAUCACUGAAAUUUGGUAAACCAAUGAUGAAAAAUUUUACCAAAGCUUUGGAUAAGUCCAAGCCUGCAUUUCAAUAUCUCUGCUCUGUAUUUACGAAUCUUUCUGCGGCUAAAUUAAAGGAAGAUAAGAAGAAGAUAUUUGUGGGUCCUCAAAUCAGGAGAAUAUUGGACGAUACAAAAAUCGAGAGCCUUUUAACCGAUGUAGAAAAAGCAGCCUGGAACUCUUUCAAAAGUGUCGUUAAAAAUUUUUUAGGCAAUAAAAAAAGUGAUAAUUACAAACAGAUCGUUGAAAAUUUAUUGCAUAAUUAUGAGCGUAUGGGUGUAAAUAUGUCACUAAAAAUUCAAUUUUUGCAUUCCUACUUAGAUUUUUUUCCAGAAAAUCUUGGUAGUGUGAGUGAUGAACACGGUGAGCGAUUUCACCAAGAUUUAAAAUUAUUUGAGCAAAAUUAUCAAGGUUUUUGGGACGAAAACAUGCUAGGGGACUAUUGUUGGUCUGUUGUGAGAGAUACAGAUGAAAAUAUUUAUAAAAAAAGAGCAAAAAUUACCCAUUUUUAACUGUCUAUCGUUUAUUUAGAUGUGUUUUUUGUAAAAAUCUUCUUAAUAAAUAUUUCAAAAACCUGACGUGCUGGAUUUUUUUAAAUAUUUUUUCCGAGAUGUAGAUACCCAAAGUAAUGUAACCGUAUGUAUUCCAUUUCAUGAACAAAAGUCAUGUAAACUAGUGUUAUUUUUUUUAAUCAAUAAAAUUAUGUAAUACACGAGUAAAAGAAGUUAGAUAGGCAUUAUUAUUAUUAUAUGUAUUAGAUUAUGAGUUCUUAAAUCAUCUCUUUCGAACAAUCCCGCAGACCUGGCAGGCUUAAGCCCUAAGCCUCUAAGCUUUGUUGACUCUCUUUGAGGAGUGCGUGGAACGAAA